ACCCUCCUGAUGCUCCUGCCCCCAGGUACUACCCCAGCCACCAAGAUGUCCAGCAAACGUGCCAAAGCCAAGACCACCAAGAAGCGCCCCCAGCGCGCCACCUCCAAUGUCUUCGCCAUGUUCGACCAGUCGCAGAUCCAGGAGUUCAAGGAGGCCUUCAACAUGAUCGACCAGAACCGUGAUGGCUUCAUUGACAAGGAGGAUCUGCACGACAUGCUGGCUUCCCUCGGGAAGAACCCCACUGACGAGUACCUGGAGGGGAUGAUGAGCGAGGCACCGGGGCCCAUCAACUUCACCAUGUUCCUCACCAUGUUCGGGGAGAAGCUGAAUGGCACCGACCCCGAGGACGUGAUCCGCAACGCCUUCGCCUGCUUUGACGAGGAGGCCUCAGGCUUCAUCCACGAGGACCACCUGCGUGAGCUGCUGACCACCAUGGGGGACAGGUUCACCGACGAGGAGGUGGAUGAGAUGUACCGGGAGGCGCCCAUCGACAAAAAGGGCAACUUCAACUACGUGGAGUUCACUCGCAUCCUGAAACACGGGGCCAAGGACAAGGACGAUUAGAGCCCAGGGCCAUUCACCCCUUCUGCCUCAUCCUCUUCACCCCUUC